GUGAUGCUGCCGAAGGUAAGCGCCAUUGAUUCCACAUCGACUCGGGCAGCGAAUCACAGAAGCCAGAAGCCAGACUCCGUUCAAAGGGAGCCCAGCCUGGGCUUGUGCCCAAUUUUUCCCAAAAGAAAGACAUCAAAUUUGAUGAACAGCAAGGUAGUGUGCACUUGCAAGCGCAACUCUAAGUUGAAGCCUAUCAUGGAUAAUUCGAAUAGGAGAAUGUCUUCUAUUAAGGUAGACACCAACCUGGAGAAAACUAUAACAGUGAAAAAGUAUGUCUGGAAUAUGGAUGAUAACGGGGGUCUUCCAUUGGUCAACAAUGAGAGAUCACUAAAAAGACAUUGGCACUUUACUAACAAAUUAUGUUCAUGUCAGCCUGCUGGAUAUCAGGAGCAUUAUGCACAAGGCCAGCAGCAGAUAAGUGACACAGAAAUGCAGAGACAGACCCUGCUGGUGAAGAAAUAUCUGCUAAUUUACUCCAAUGCAAAAAGAAGUGAAGAUAAAUUUCCAUAUCAAGCCCUUAAGAUAAGUGCUCUACGCAAUACUAAACCACACCACCAAAGUUCCACUGAGAAGUCUGAUGUUUUGAAUGAUCAUCCUGGUUUGUCCUGCCACUCGAGUUUACAUACCCCAGGACAUCAGCUGCCAAAUUCAGAUAAAGAAGCAGAAAUGAAUCUUUGUGAUGUCACUUUACAACAGAAUACGUGUGCAUCUGCGGUCAAGCUGCCAGAAAGUAGUCAUCCUUCAGAGGAUCUUCAGCUCUCAGAGACAGAAGCCGACCUAAGUCUACAAACCUUAAAUGAGCCAGUGUUGUGUCCUCAGAUGAGUAAAGAACUAUCUUAUAAAGAACAACUCCACUUGGAAAUGAAGUUUCGUCAUUUGUGGGGGAAGAAUUUUGGGAAAAUUCCAUUCCACAAUCUUCAGAGUAGCUUCUCGACCAAAUUGAAUCCAAGCCAGCUAUUAUUUAUAAAGAAGGUUUAUGAGAUGACUUGCUACAGUAGCACAUUUGGACUGGAAGAGUGCAUGGUGCUGCACAGUUUAUCCACUUUCAUUGGAAAACUCAGCGCAAAACUACAGUUUACUUAUGAUAACCUGAAUCCUGAAACAUGUGAGAAUGGAAUGGUGAAGUACAUGAACCUUUUCUGCAGUAUUGACCGACAAAAGAAAGGAUUUAUUAGUAUUGCUUCACUGCAACAGAUUCUGGAGGCUGGACUGGAACUGGAUUUAAGCAACCAUCACAGGUCAUCAUGGGAGCAGAUGCUUACAGACUUGCAACUGGAAGAAACUGAACCUGUGAGCAGACUUCAAUACCUGGCAUAUAUUCCAUUUUUUCUUUCUUUGGAAAAUGGGAGUUUGGAUUGCAUACCAUCAGAUUCUUCACUUACAUAAACCUUCCAUUGAUUAACUUAAAAAAUGUAGUGUUUGUGUCUUAUUAUGAAAAGAAGAGAACUAAGCUUUAUAACGUAUUCAUUGUCAAGCUAGUAUAAUCCCAGAUUUAAAAAUGACACAAAAUGGUGUGGGACCAGCAUUUGUUAAUGGCUGGUGUUGCAGAAAUAGACUAUAAGCACCGUUUUUAAUUUGAGACUUUUAUACUUUUUUAUAAUUGCAAUACCGUACUGUCAUAAUAACUGGCAGUAUUUGCCAUAAACUGAUUUUAGGUUGUCAUGUGACUGUUGUAUUAAGCUUGAAGAAAACAAAAGUGAGGACAGGCAAUCUGUUUUAUUUAAUCUUGAGGAAGGAGAUACAAAGCAGAGUCUUUGCAAAGGGAAGUCAAUAUGAAGCAUAAGGGUGAGGGUUACUGUGUCCCUUCUUAAGAACUACUUGUGACACUUGUAAAUUUGGUUGCACUCCAUUGAAUAAAUCAAUACACGUGAAUACAGGAUAUUUCCCAUGAUGUGAAAACGUAUGUGUCUUGUUUAUUUUAUCAUGAUCAUUAUCAAGUGUGACAAUUAUUGUAAAAAUAACUGAAUAUUUGUUAACUAAAUGUACCCCUCUCUAUGAAACAAAAAUGAAUUUGUAACCCAAUUGAAGAUACAUAAUAAAAUUGUAUUUGCAAAA